UGUCGUGGCGGAGGCUCGUUUCUGAUUCAAACUGGCGACUAAAAAUAAUCGAUUUCUGCAUAAAACGCAUAAAAAACGCAGUUUUGAAGCAGCGUUUGGUGUUGAGGAGUGAUUAGAAGCCGGAGGGAGUGUUCAGGCUGCGCUCUGUUCAGACUCACUGAGGAGGAAAAUUGCAGCAAAACGUUGCUGUCGGCAGAAGAUAAACACGAAGACUGGAGGGCUGAACUGCAUCAACACCGUCCAUCACCAGUUGGAUGAUCUUAGAUGUCAGAGUUCAGACCAGACAUGUUGGAGCAAGACUUAAACUAAACAUCUUCUGCAAGGAAUAAAAGAGGACGUAACCGAAGAUGGACAACAGGAACACGAGUGGUCCGACCGACAGGAAAAGGAUGAAUGCCAACACAGUCUGGCAGUGGCGCAUCAUGCAUGUCAAGAAGUACUCAAGAAACCCGGAACCGUUUCAUUACAGCAACAUGAUGGGUUUGGACUUUAACGUCGGAAUCACCACAAAUAAGAAACUGGAUGUGCAGUCAGUGACUAACGGAGUCAUUCUGGAGAUCUGUGACUUCGCUAAAACUGUCAAAAAGAGCAGAAGACAUUUUGCGACGAGCAUCCUGGAGAACAAUUACCAUCUGGGUUUGGAAAACGAGCAGCAGCGGAUUUAUUUCACCAAUCAGCUUCUGCACAAACUCAAAGACCUCCGAAGGAAACCACCGACGGAUGAAGUUUUUCCCCUUUUCGAAACGUAUCCGAAUCCAGAGUGUAAAAAAAAUAGACGUCAGGUGGAGAUGCGAGUGGUGGAGGUGGAGGACGACAGCGACCCCGAGGAUAUGUUCAUAUGUUCUCAACCACCUUCUCAGGAAGUGAUAGAGGAAAUGGACGAACCACUUCCUGUUACCUUGGAGGAUACAAAACCAGAGCCUGUAGAGAAACCGAAACCGCACGUUCUUCCUUUCCGGUUUCCUUGUUGCGAGGCAAUCGGUUUGAACUUCGAUGCCGAGUCGAAACAAAUUCUGGAUCCAGGUUUGCUGACGAAGGCGGCGAUGUGGGAGCUGGUGGACUUCACCAUCGUGCUGACGGCGUCUUACCGCUCCAUCAUUCUCGCCGUCUUGGACCACAACUUUAACCUCGAACUCAAAAGCCAGCAUGGAAAAGAUCGAGUUUGCUUCCUGGUGUCACAGCUGCUGAAAAGGAGAAAACAGCUUCACAGCACCGGCAUCAAAAUCAGCUCCAAGUUUCAAAAUGAGCUGUUUUCCUUCCAGUCAAACCCCCUAAAAAGAGCCUACGGGACAAACGAGUUCGAGGAGGUGGCAAAAAGAAAGAUGUUGGAUUUUAGAAGCGACGUCAGCUGGCUCCAGGGAGAUAAAAUUCACAAACACGUUCUGACAAAUGGACCAAACAAAUGGGAUGUGGAUCAGGAGGAGAUGGUCACGGAGAGCAACAUGUGGAGGCUACGAGUCAAACGUGUUCGACAAAUCCUCCUCGAGCUGGACAUGGAGUACUGUCCCUUCUUCAGGCCCAAGAAAAUUGACCUGGAAUUCAACAUUGGAUUCAGACCUGAGCGAUACCUCAGUGCCGAGUUUCUGACGAACUCUGUUCUCUAUAAAGUGGCCCGUUUUGCUUUAGCGAUGAGUUCGUCUCAGAGGGAAUUCGUCGUGGACAUUCUGGAGAACAACUUCAACUUAGGCCUGCACAGCAAACGGCAGAAGUUCACGUUUGGUUGUAAAGUUAUGAGCAAAGUGAGACUGCUGAAAAACUGCGAGAACGGCGUCAGAUUUUCAAGAGAGGUUUUUGAACUUCCUCUUUCAGCUUUAUCGGGUAAUUCGGUGAAUCAGAGCAAGAGCAGCAGCAAGACAAAGAAGAAGGAGUCUGAAGCUGCUUCCACGAGCGCUUCAGAUUCACACAAUCAAAGUAAACCUGAUUCUGGAUGUACACCUGAUUCUGGAUCUACACCAGAUUCACAUGCCACAUCUAGCCUUGAUUCUGGAUCGAAAUCUGAUUUACAGGCUGAAACUGAACCUGAUUCUGGAUCUAAAUCAGAUUCAAAUGCUGAAACUGAACCUGAUUCUAUAUCAAAACCUGAUUCACAGGCUGAAUCUGAGCCUGAUUCUGCAGUGAAACCUUACUUACGUGCUAAAUCCGAACCCGAUUCCGAAUCUGAACCUGAUUUGGAGUCUGAACCUGAUUCCCAGAGCAGUGUGGAACUGUAUCCCUUCUGCAGGGAGAUCGGUCUGAAUCUACACGAGAUCCACAAUCGAUCGAUUCGCAUUCUUGACAUCAAUAGACUGACAAUCGGAGCCAUGAUGGAAGUGGCGGACUUUGCCGAGCAGCUCUGUGGAACAUUUGAGCAGAUUUGUCUCGACGUCCUUCGACACAACUUUGACCUCAACUUGAAAAGUGUAGAUUCUGAGCUUUUCAGAAAGAUCCUCGCACACAUCCCUGCUGUAAUUACGGAAAGGAACCUAGCGACUUGUGUGAACCACGCAAAAUUUAGGCCGAAAAGAAACGACGAGUCGGUGCUCAUGAGACUGGAUUACAAGGGCAUCCCUGAUCUAGAACCAUGCAAUUCUGGUUCCAUCCGGGCAAACACAGUUCAAAAUGUUAGCAGUUCUACGGACAUUGAACAACAAAAUGACCCAAACUUCCUGCUGUGGAAGCUGCGGACCAAUCGUAUUCACCAGAUUGUCUCGGUGCCUCAUGGAGAACGUUGUCCACUUUAUUCUUUCCCCAGAUGCAAGAAAUUAGGCAUCAACUUUAAUGUCGCAUCUGGACUCAAAAAAAACCUUGAUCCAAAGCUGCUGACCAAUGGCGUCAUGGUGGAAGUCAACGCCUUCGCUGCAGCGCUGCAGUCGGCCACGAAACAUUUCAUGGCGGAGAUAAUAGAGUAUAACUUCCACCUGCGUUUUAAAGGUGAGCUUCAUCGAAGUGCCUUUGCAGAGCGACUCCUCAGAGAAAUUCUGUUGCUGAAGUCGGCGAGAUCCACCGUCCCGAGACAGAACAUGACUUAUCAUCUCCCAGACCCCAGAUUCAUAGAGGAAGAGAGUCCGUCCUGCCCCACAUGUUAUCAAGAUAGAAAAUAUAAGCGAUAUCCGGCAGAUUCUGACCGAUCUGUGCAUCCACAUAUUGUGACCGACACAGUUUCUGCAACUCAACAACCGACAAAGAAUCCAGCAGAGGAGAAGUUAACGAGCAAAUACAACAACUGCAGGAGAAUCGGUUUACACCUGUGUUUGGACAGACGGCGACGAAAAUAUAAACUCAACCCGGAUCUGUUGACUUGCAAAGUGAUGAUGGAGGUGUACAUUUUUGCCAGAAAGCUGUCCGGGACCAAACACAAGAUUGUGAACGACGUCCUCGAGCACAACUUCAACAUAGACAUGCAGAACCAAGACAUCAAUCCUUCGACACAGUUCUCCAGAAUUGCAGCACUAAACGCAAGUCUGUCUUGGUUCAAUGAGGUGUUCGUCAUUCAGCCGUGCAGCCACAGAGAUCCUGCAGCUGCCACUAACCGGCAAGAUUUAUCCAAGAUGCAGGCAAGUGAGAAGAAGGAAACAUGCAGGAAAAGGCAAAUGGAAUUGCAUUUAAGGGCAAGUAAGAGGCUGAAAGGGCGUCCGGCAGAGGAGGGUGAAGAACACUACAUGUGCCCUGUGGAAGGAGACGAAAUGUCUGAUUCAGAGAAAAGCGAAAAUGAGGAUCUUUUUGAAAACCCGAGUUCUCACAUCUCUGAAAAAGCAGAGUCCACCGCUGAAGGUUCACCUGCUGUAAAUACACAAAUGAACUCGAGUCAAUCCGAUCAAAGCGACCUGAAGGGAGAUGAAGCGCCGACGGAGACACCAACAAAUGUACCGACUGAAUAUGAGCUGAGACCAGAGGGUAAGAUGUGGAGGUUGCGUUCGAACCGUGUGAAAGAAAUCCUCGCCCUGAUUGAAAAAGACUUUUCUCCGGUCUUCAUGCGCAAGAAAGUCGAUCUGGAGUUCAACGCAGGGCUCGGGCCCAGACGGAACUUCAACGGUGAGUAUUUGACGAACUCUCUUCUCUACAAAGUCACAGGAUUUGCCUUAGCAAUGAGUUCGUCUCAAAGGGAAUUCAUCGUGGAGAUUCUGGAGAACAACUUCGAGUUGAAUCUGCAAAGCAGACACCAAAAAUAUACGUUUGGAUGUGAAGUCAUGAAAAGACUGAGACGGCUGAAAAACUGCAAGGAUGCGGUCAGAGUUGAGGUUUUCGGACUUCCUGUUUCAGUGUCUUCAGGGAUUACGUUGAAUCAGAGCAUGAACAGCGUCCGUCCUGAACUCAGCAGCAUGUCAGGGAUGAAGAAGCAUGAAGACACUCCAGAUUCCCACGCUAGAACAGAACCUGAUUCUGAGUCAAAACCAAAUUCAAAGGCUGAAUCCGAACCUGACUGUUUAUCUGAACCUGAUUCCCAGAGCAGCGUGGACCUGUAUCCCUUCUGCAAAGACAUUGGUCUGAACCUACAUGUGAACUCCAGUCGACCAAAUCCCAGACUUGAAGUCGGCAAACUAACGAAAGGAGCGAUGAUCGAGGUUGUGGACUUUGCAAACCAGCUGUGUGGAACAUUUGAGCAGAUUUGUCUCGACGUCCUCAGGCACAACUUUGAUUUCGACUUGGAAACUACAGAUUCUGACCUUUUCAGAAAGAUUCUUGCCUAUAUUCCUGCUUUAGUCGUGCAAAGAAACUUAGCAACCAGUAUAACCUACGCGAAAACAAAGCCCAUAAGAAAAGAUCACUCGGUGCUCGUGAAGAUGCUGCAGCAGAACAGCCUCGAUGCAAAACCGUGCAGUUCUGGUUCUGUCCAGACAAAAACAGCUCAAAAUGUGAAUACUGACGUUAAACAAAAAAAUGACCCAAACUCGCUGCUGUGGAGGUUACGGACCGAUCGAAUCCAGCAGAUCCUCUCAGUGCCUCACGGAGAACGUUGUCCGCUUUAUUCUUUCUCCAGAUGUAAGAAACUAGGCAUCAAUUUCUACGUUGGAUCUGGACGCAAACAAAACCUCGAUCCAAAGCUGCUGACCAACGGCGUCAUGGUGGAACUGAACGUUUUUGCCGAAGCGCUGCAGUCGGCCAUCAAAGACUUCAUGACAGACAUAGUGGAUUAUAACUUCAUUCUAAAUCUGAGCGGCGAGUUGCAUCGUAGCGCCUUCGCAGUGCACCUGAGGAGGCAAGUUGUGAUGAUGAACGCGAAGCGAGUCAGCGUCCCUCACAAGAAGAUGCCUUUCGAACUUCCUGAUUCCAGCUGCAUGGAGGAGGAGACUCUGUACUGCCCCAGCUGCUAUCGAGACAGAAAUUAUAAAUGGCAAACCAACGUCUCUGCUGAUGCACAAAAUCCUGCGAUGGAAUCGACUUUCCGAGCAGCGGAGGAGACAUUACUGACUUCUUACCGUAACUGCAGGGAAGUAGGACUCAGUCUGUGUGUGGACAAAAACCACCCGAAGCAAAAACUCAACCCAGAUGUCUUGACGUGGGCGGCCAUGAGUGAGGUUUAUAACUUCUGCAAAAAACUCAGCGGAACAAAAAACAGAGUCGUCAACGAGAUAGUCGAGCACAACUUUAACGUGCACCUGGAGAGCCAGUCGGUGAAACCCUACGAGUGGUUCAGCAGAGUGGCGGCAUCCGGCGGAGAGCUCGCCUGGUUCGACGAAGUCCUUCAGCCGCCUUCUCCGAAAUACACUCCGCGGGCAACUAAACCCAAAGUGCUUCCUGUCGUGGAGAUGAGCGAUCGGAAAGAAAUGUUCAGGAAGAGACAGCUGGAGAUGCAAACGAAGAAGGAAAGAGCGACGUUGGAAAGCGAGAAAGCGAACGCCGAGAGGUUGAAACAAAUCGAAGAGAGGAACGAACGCCGUUAUCCCCUCUGCAGGAAAAUCGGCCUGGACCUCGACAUGACGAAACAAACAACAGACAAGAAGAAACUGCACUUGAGACACUUGACCAGAAACGUAAUGAUGGAGAUCCACAGCUUCAUAUUCAGGAAAGGAUCGCGACACUUCCAGAGCACUCUGUAUGAGAUCCUCAACUACAACUUUGAUCUGAGCUCGCAGGAUUACCGGCGCUGGCAGUUUGCCUACGACAUCGCGGCCAAAGUCAAAGCCAUGAUCAAAGAUCCGAAGAGUCGAAGGCGUCGGGGAGGAAACGGAGUCUUCAAGUUACCGUUUGAGUACAAGAACAUACCGAGAAACUUCACUCAAAUACAGCAGAACAGGAGCUUCUCUCUGGAAGAAGCUCAGAGGAAAGCCAACGAAGCAAACCAAGUGCAGCAAAUUUUAUGCUUUUCAGACGUCACUCGGGUUUUUGUCCUCAACGACGUCCAGAUUAAAGAUGAGUCCUGGUUCGGUGGUGAAGACGCAGUGACUCAGACUGAACCUGGAACAGCAUCGCAGAUGGACGACGGUCGACUAUCUGGAAACCUGCAGAUCAAAGAGGAGGAGUUUGAUCCACAUUAUGCAGAAAUGAUGGAGGAAAAUGACGUCAAAACAGAGUCAAAGGCUGAGCGCGAACCUGACCGUGAGAUAAAAAAUGAAGCUGAGGAUGUCCAGUGUUACGUCCCACCUGCAUCACCAGCUCCUGAAGGUUCUGGGAUGGUUCCUCCAAACUCUGGAGACAUCGAUCCACUCCAGCUAGCAGCCUCUCUGGGAUACACCAUGGUCACCAUCGGUCAGGACACCCUGGUCAAAGAGGAGCAGCAGGAAGGAGUCGAUUCAACCACCGAGACUGAAGUUAAACAGGAGCCGUGACGGACCAAAAGAGUUAAAACCAAACAUGAGGGCUGAACAGGAAACACCAGCUACUGUUUCCUGGACCAAAAACAAGCCUUCAACACAGAGAAUCUGUCAGAAUCUUAUCAUAGCGGUUAAAAAAAACAUCUGUAUCUUCUAAGAGACGUGAUGAAAUCAUCAAUAAAAGCAAUAUUUCAUUUUUUUUUAAAUAUGAUGUAUCAGGUGUUUAUGAAAUAUUAAUCAGCUGGUUUUAAUGUCGUAAGUUCAAAUGCAGAAAAGACGUGUACCCUCAACGGAUUAUGUACCACUGUUAGAAAUCAUCUUUUUUUCUGGUUAUUUUUGGGUAAAACUCCAACUUUAAUAAAUCUCAGAUGAUGGUUAAAGUUCAUUGAAUUCAGAUUUCAGAUGUUUGAAGGAUUCUGGUCUGUAAAUGUUCUUAAAACCCAUUUUGCAAUUUUUCUUACUGUUUCUUUUGGUCUCAGUCGAAGUCAUUAGGAUGUUUUUGUUUCUUGCUUUUGAAGAUUUUUAUAUAUUUUGUCAUUUUAUUCUUCAAAAGAAGAAACCGCAGUGACACUGUUGACUGUUCUGUAACCCGAUAGAGAUGAUAUUUAUCAGUAUUUGAAAUACUGACCUGCUGUAUUGCUCCUCGCCGUUACACUACGUUUUAUAUAAACUUCUGAAAGCA